AUAUUAAUACGCAACUAACAUGGCAGUUCACUGCAAGUACAAAUUAUUGUUCACACUCCUGUUCACUGCUGCGUACGGCGACCACACGCUCGUGUACGACUCCUACUCCGGCAGAGUGCUGUCGCCGGGGGAGUAUGUGGAACACAUUAUAUCCAAUACUACAUUCUGGUGCACAAAUGAAAUCGAACCUUGCAACCCUCACGAAGGAAGACGUGUGGAUGGCUCGUGCAACAACCUGCAGCACCCCAGUGUAGGAGCCUCCCACACUCCUGGGUACCACGUGCUGCCGGUUGUGUUCGAUGGAUACAAUGACUCGAGGAGGAGUUGCAGUGGAUAUGAGCUGCCCCUGAGUAGGCGAGUCCGUACAACUCUCCUUCUAGAAGGCCGUCUACCGGACCCGCAAUACUCUAUGCUUCUCACUCAUUUUUGGGUGUUCAUGGCAGGGGAUAUUCUCUCUAUUCAUGACACGAUUAAUUAUGUACUAUGGAACACCCACUGUUGCGGAGAGUACGGCUGGCUGGACCCGGACUGUGUGCCCAUCCGGGUGCCGGACGACGACCCCGUACUCCGGUUCUCCAACCAGAGAUGUCUGAAUCUAACGAAACCCUUCACUUUCCAAUCUACAGGCUGCACCGGCACAUAUAAUCCACCUGAAAGGACUGUAACAGCAACGUCUGUCUUCGAUUUAUCACAAGUGUACGGUGAUAAUUUGGAAGUUUUGUUGACCAAGAAGAGACUGUUCGAAGGCGGCCUCCUCAAAUACGAGGUAGUCGAAGGAAGAAUUUGGCCGCCUACCUUACCAAACUAUGCAGAGGUUUGCUUACUGAACCAACCUCCCCGAGAAACAAGAUGUCAUGACGUAGGUGAAGAUAGCAGUAACAGCAUCCUAGGAAUAAACUUAUUCGUGAUCUGGAUGUGGCGGCACCACAACCUGGUGGCAGCCGAGCUGGCCGCCAUCAACCCGUGCUGGGACGACGAGAAACUGUUCACCGUCUCCCGGGACAUCAACGUGGCGCUGAUUAUGCAGAUAUAUUACUAUGAACUGUAUCCGUUACUAUUAGGGGAAGAAAACAUGAUCGACGAGGGACUUCUGUCUACGUCCGUGGGGUACAGAGACGUCUACGACGAAAAUGUUCUGCCUCAAGUCUCAUUGGAAUAUGGCUUUUCUUUGCGGUGGGGUCACACCAUACAAGAAGGAAUUGUAAAAAUGUAUGACACACACGGCAACUACGUGAAGAACACGCGUAUAGCGAACCUGACGCUGCGCACAGGCUACUUGGCGGUGGAUGACAACAUCGACUACAUCACGCAGGGCGCCUUCCGACAGCCCACCGGGAACGUCGACCACGCCGUGGACCCGGAUAUAGCGGAAACUGGACUGGGGGCGAUGCAAACAGUAGCGGACUUGACGUCUGAUGACUUACAGAAGAACAGAUAUCUGGGCAUCGCACCCUACGUGUACUACAGGAAGUACUGCUUCGGGGAUAACAUCGAAACCUUCGACGAUCUGUUGCAGGCUAUUGAUGUUGAAAAAGUAGAGCUGCUAAAAGAGCUGUACUAUGACGUCAAAGACAUAGAUCUCAUGGCGGGCAUGUGGGUGGAGCGGCCCAUCAGCCGCGGACGUGUGCCCGCCACGCUGUACUGCCUCAACGUGGACCAGCUGCGACGGUCCAUUGUCAGCGACAGGCAUUGGUACGAGCGGCAACACCGACCCAACGCGUUCACUAUCGAUCAAUUGCUUGAAAUAAGAAGAGCAAGUAUAGCAAGAAUACUGUGUAAUGUCGGAGAUACCGUCACUGAGAUACAAAAGAGAGCUUUCAUCAUACCUGGCGUAGGGAACGAAAUAGUUAGCUGCGAGGAAAUCCCAAAGAUUGAUUUACAAGCAUGGGCGGACGCCCGGUGUCACAGCAAAUAGAGAUCGAUGACUUGUCCGUAUAAUAAUUCUUAAAAACAGUUAUAUUUUGUUAAAUUUUAUUAUAUUAUUU